AUGGGAAUCUUUGGGUUCGGAUCCAGCAGCAAGCCAGAGGAAACUGCCACCAGCACAUCCACAGACUUUGUUUCCAAUGAGAGCACAGACGACAUUUAUUCUCCCACAGGUGGCCAAUCCUCCUCAUACGAUGACCUUGGCAGCAGCAGCAUGAGCGAUAAUAGUUACGACAAGAUGCCUGAUUUCAUGUCGCAGCUCUCGUUUGACGCAGCCAAACUUCAACCCAUGUCUGUUCAAGGUGGUAUCGACUUUUUGCAAGUGGAGGAUCAAUAUGGUGGUGGUGGCAGUGGUGCUGGUGCUGGUGUCGUGGGUGGUGGUGCAUCUUUGGCACCUUCACGCGGCUGGACGGAUGAUUUGUGCUAUGGCACUGGUACUACCUAUCUCGCUGGUUUGACACUUGGUGGUGCAUAUGGCAUGGCUGAAGGUUUGAAAAAGAGCGCACAACAAGGUCCUCAGAAUAUGAAGGUCCGUCUCAACACCACCCUCAACACCAUCACUCGACGAGGUCCAGGUCUUGGUAAUGCCGUUGGUGUUAUCGCCAUGAUGUAUAAUGGUACUACUGCUUUGAUCGAUUACUCUCGCGGCAAGCAUGAUAUCUUUAGCAGCAUUGGUGGUGGUGCUAUUGCAGGUGCCAUCUUCAAGAGCACAGCAGGUCCUCGGGUGAUGGCCAUGUCAUCUGGUAUCUGUGCAGCCGUUGCUGGUGUUUGGUCGCUUGGUGUAUCCGCCUUUGCUGAAAACUAG